GGAGAAAGUGCGUUGUGUUUGCUGCUUUGGUUUGCGUCGUUGCUUCGGAGGGGAAGAAAUUCAGUGCGAGAUCGAAGACACAAGAUACGAUGACCUUUCGAUCACCAGGCAGUAAAUCAUUUGACGUUCUUUAUAUGUAGUGAAAUGUAAAAGUGAAAGUUGGCAAAGAACGUGGGUAUACGAGCAGCUGAAUCCCUGUGGGCAUCGCCAAACUUUUAACCCGCAUCUACGAAUUUAUAACCAUGAUUUCGUUAUGUAGGCCUCCUUCUUUUGAAAGAGACACACCUGUCAAAAAUUGUACAUUUUAUUGCAGAUGCUUCACAGAAUGAAACGACAGAAUUAUCCUGAACAGGGUGGUCAGGUGAUAGACAAAAUUUUUAAUAUACCGAUCACGGCCAUCAAGCAGACAGCAGCAGCCGCUCAGUCAUUCAGUCCGGAAAAUUCGCAACUCGUCGACAGCGUUUUACAGAUUCCCGUCUCAACCCUGGAAGCUGUCGGCAAUUUAGUAAAAGCAACGUCAGGCCAAAGACGUCAAACGGAUGACUUGCAACGCAUACGACAGGAACGCAGAGAGAGAAUAAUAGCUCAAAGAGAACGACAAAGGGCGCAAAGAGAGCAACUGCAACAGCAACGUAUAAAGCAACAGCAAAUGAAGAAGACCUUCAAGAUAAAGGAUAAAGAUCCGUUCGGUUUGAACAGCUUAACCUUCCUGGUUGGUAAUCAUGGGAUUUUAGGUAGUAUUCAAGGUGUUUUUGGUGGUCACGGUGGCCAUGGGCAUGGUGGUCAUGGUGGGCAUGGUGGGAAUGGCGGUCAUGGUGGUCAUGGUCCCCUUGGAAGCCACGGAAGUCACGGAAGCACAAACAACCAAAACACCUACGAAGUCCACGAGAACGUAGAAGAAGACACGAACUACUCCUGGCACGGUAUCACCGCUGGUUUCGGAUCCCUCUACGGCUCUCGACCAACGCAAGCAGAGAUUACCAUACAAAACAAAAUCGCUCCCAAAGACGACAUAUCGAACGGAUACAAAAUACAGCACAAAAUUGCAAGUUCAAGAGACAGACCCAGAUUCGAAGAAGAUGCACCGCUGGAGAACAAAAUUGCACCCAAGAGCAACAGAAUAUCGUUUCAGUCUUGAAAGACAAGGCAAUAUUGUUAAGGCUAAAAUCAAAAAACUGAUAAUGUACGUUGGCUUUCGUGUUCGUAUGGAAAUUAAAGAAAACAGUAUUAGCACAGAAUUAUAUAACGUGUGAACAAUUUUACAGAGUCAUCGUAACGCCGAUAAGCUUAAGAGAAUGAAUCAUUUCGUUGCUAUUUAUGCUCGGUAAAAAUGUGGAGUGUUUGACGAAGGAAAAUUGGAAAAUAUUAUGAUAACUAUGGUAAACUUUCGUUUUAUCUGGGACAUUUGUUAUAUGCGGUGUGUGGUAAAUGGAUCUUCAUGCGUUGGAUUUUCAUGUUUGGGAAAUUUAUGAGGUGAAUUUGUAUGCAGUGGAUCUCCAGUUAUUGUAUAUUCACGCUUUAGGUAUCGAUGCGUUGGAUAUCGACGCGUUAGGUAUCGACACGUUGGAUUUCUACGCGUUGGGUAUCGACGCAUUGGGUAUCGACGCGCUGGAUAUCGACGCGUUGGAUUUCUACGCGUUGGACAUCGAUGCGUUGGAUAUCGGCGCGUUGGAUUUCCACGCAUUGCACUUCCACGCAUUGUAUUUUUACGCAUUAUAAUUCCACUCGUCUAAUUUAUACACGUGGAGUAGCGACGCGUUGAAUACCGACGCGUUGGAUACCGACGCGAUGGAUACCGACGCAUUGGGUAUCGAUGCGCUGGAUGUCGACGCGUUGGAUUUCUACGCGUUGGGUAUC